AGCAUGACGAAUACCUCAGCUAUGCAUACUUCAUCUCAGAAGUAGCCUAGCACACCGUAGAAAGAAUGACGACACAGUGGAGGAAUGAAAACAAGGUCUCGUGUAAUCUGCCCUGUGUUGUGGUUAUGAGCUAAUUGCUUGUGUCUUUGUGCAUUUGAAGUUUGCAUGAUUUAUGGGUCAAAUGUCUGCUCAUGUUUGUGAUGUUUAGGGAGAUUGAGCACAAUGUGCCCAUCCGUAGUUCAGUCCCGCUGAGCAGCGGAUCAGAGAUGAACAGCUCUGCAGGACGGCCCAAGAAACGGCGCGCUGGACGCCCGCGAACUGCUGACGGACGGGAUCACGACACGGACUACGCCUCCUCUGGAGAUGAGCUGGACGACGAUGACUUCUCCAGUGAAUUCCCUCCCAUUAUUAAUAAUGAAGAGAGAGAACAUUACAAACGCCUGUUUGACGAAGACCAUCAGGCGUACAAGGAGCUCCAGGCAGAAAUGGACCAGAUCAACAAGCGUCUGGCUGAAGUGGACCGGGAGCUGGAUGACCUGCAGGAGGGCAGUCCUCAGUUCCUGGACGCCAUGGAUGAGUACAACUCGCUGAAAGACAAAAAGAGGAGCGGCGAUUACCUGCUGAAGAAGAAGCGCUGCAAGCACCUGAAGGCCAAACUAAGCCACAUCAAAAGAAUGGUCAGCGAUUACGACCGGAGGUCCUGAAGAUCAUUCCCAUCACAUUAGAGAAGAGCGAGCUUCUGGACAGUAUUGUGACGGCACAGAUGUGUUGGUGUCUGUCCAGAUGUGUGGGUCGUUGCCACUCGUGAGCUGGGCUGUGUUGCUUUCUGGACAUUUGAUUGAUAACGCAUGUAAAUAUUCAAGGCAUUCGGAUUCGUAUUGCUCAGUGCAAUAUUUUCCCAGAAUCCUUCAUGAACCACUUUUAAAAUCAGGUUUAACUAAUGACUAAAUCCUCAUCAGUUCUGUAGUUUUUUUGCUGCAAAUGUCCAAUUAGCUGUUACAGAUUUAACAUGAACUUGUUGGUGUUUCAGUACAGCGUGUUUGUUUUAUAAUGGGUUUUUUUUCUUGGUGGGUAAAAUACUGUGCCAAAUAAUUUUACCAGGUGGGUGGUUUGAACUCUUGAUAACUAGUAUGUCUGUAUAAAUCAAGCUGUGAUCAGUUACAGGUUAGAGAUAGCCUAAAAAUUUAAUAGUCUUUUAAGCUAUAUUUAUGCCAUUUUAAAAAACUUUUUACAUGCUGGUAUGUAAAUAUGUAAUUUAUAUGUUCAACCAUGUGAUUUCUUUUAAUUGUUUUUGACAACUAAUAAAAUCAUUUUUAAUGCCAUAAUAAAAUUGACCACACAUUUACUAGUACAUUGAGUGUUUGUGGUUUCUGAAUGGAUGUCAAUUAAAAUCCACAAAAAAGCUAUUAAACCAGUUUCUUUAAUUUUAGACAUCAAAACAAUGUCUGUCUGUCACAAAGAAAGGUUCCUGUUUCUUUUAGUAAUGCACCGAAUUUCAGCAACUGAAAAUGAAGAUGUCGGCACCGUCGAGUUCGACUUGUGGAUUUUUAUCGAUCUUCAUAGCAAUAAGAUUUGUUACUUUUGAUAUGAAACCAAGUCUGAGCUUCAAAUUUCUCAACUUUUUAAAGAAAAUCGUGAUAAAUCGCUGUAGCGCCUCCGUUCAA